AUGACGGACAGCCGAUGCGUCUGUCCUCGGUGUCUUCAUCCGUCGUGUCCUCUGCCGCACGCCGAGCCACCCUACGACGAGGUCAGCCACGAAAUCGAUAACAACUUCAUAUCCGUGAAAGUGCCAAAAAACAGGGGGAAAUUCGAGCCCGAGAGCAUCGAGCGGCAAGAGGACAGACUCAGCUUCGACUUUAAUUGCGCAGAUCCCCAAGGUGAGAAAUGCAAGAUAGGCUGCACGAAAGUGCACGUAAUACCGCAACAGUGCCCACCAGCGAAAAGACCCGAGGAGGAGAUGUUCUCGUUGAAGACUAGAAGGCACAUUAUGCCCAACGAUAAUCUGAAGAACACUCUGGAGAUUGAAUUCAAGGCGGCACGAAAUUAUGUUCCUCUGCCGGAGCCUGGGCCAGCUCCUCCCAUAAUUGUACCAAAGCAGCGUAUUAGGAGAAAGAGAAAAGGCAAGGGCAAGCGUAAGAGGAAGGAGUAAGAGAAGGCUUGCAACACGCACGAGUGUUAAAAGGGACAAAGAUAAAAAACUAGAGAGGAGGAGACGGACGAUUCAUCUCCUUAGGCGGAAUACGUUUCAGCGGGAAAUCGGCACUCUUUAGGGAUUCACGAGUGACACGAAGCUAAAGGCUACGAGGCUGGAAGACCGGGAGACCGAAUAAUGAAACGAUAAAUCACUAGCAUUAUAUUCUUGCGUCGUCUUGGAGGACGAUAAAUCAUAUCGCGUACCGAAGGCGUACGAACGCGCGUCCUUGGUAUUAAACGUUUUCGGAGCCAUUGUUUUCCACGUUGGGCGACCGACGUCUUUUCCACCUGUCUUCCGUUU